AUGCCGACAGUCUCCUGGCAUUCAUCCCGCAGUUUAGAGAUGGACUCUGCCCUCAAGCUGGUUUUCCUGUUGCCUUUGUGCUUGGCUGCUCAGAGUGGAACCAACACAGAAACAGUCAGCACCACCACAAACAGCAUACUUGACCAAAGCGGAACAUUUAAGUUGUUUUUUGAUAUCUAUUUAUACCCCACUAAUGGAAGUAACUCAUCAAUUUCAAACACAACAGUGCAAUUCACGCCGAUGACUGCUUUAGUUUAUGAAGUUUUAGUGAAGAAUUUUAAACCGAAUAGGGAGACAGCAUUGUUUCUCAAUGUGUCAGUGAAAGCUGGAAAAAGCAAUCGUGUAAUAUUGUACCACAGCUCUAUGAUUAAUAAAGGCACUCCAUUUUACAUAACUGAAUCCCCUGGACUGACUAUAUCAUUUGUAUCAAGUGAUAUAACAAAUAAUAUCUUAAAAGCUGCUGUAAAAGUUUUGGUGUAUAAUACCAAAGACAGUACGUCAUCGAUAACAAGUGUCAAUUUUAAUGAAAGCACAACUGCAUAUUUUGACAUAGUUUUAACUCGAACUAUGACACAAACCACAACCACUCCUUUACCUACUAGUACCCAAUUAACAACAUCCAGCACCACUGAAGCAACAUCCACUAUCACCACAGAGACCUCUACUAGUGUUAAGACCACUAGUCCACCAACAUCGCCAACUACCUCAGAGAUUUCUACCACUACCGUUACCACUACUGAACCAACAUCCACCAGAACCACGGAGACCUCUACUAGUGUUAAGACUACUAGUCCACCAACAUCGCCAACUACCUCGGAGAUUUCUACCAGUACAAUGCCCACUACUGAACUAACAUCCACCAGAACCACAGAGGUUUCAACAAGUGUUGAGACCACUCCUGAGCCCACAUCGACCAUUACUGCAGCAACAUAUACCAGUACUGCUGUCACCACUAGUGAACCAACAUCCACCAGCACUACAGAGACCUCUACAAGUUCUGAGACCACUAGCCAACCAUCAUCAGCCAUGACCACUGAGACCUACCACAGCACUGUGGCACCUAGUGAGCCAACAUCCACCAGCACCACAGAGACCUCUAGCAGUACUGAGACCACUAGUCAAUCAACAAUAAGCAGUACGACAAAGCCAACUACUUUUAUUACUACAAAUUCUCUGUCAACAUCCACCCACAGCACAGAGACUACUGUCAAUCCAAGCACAAGUCAGCUGUCAUCAACCAGUACUACAGAGAACACUCCAACUACUACUCAGUCAACAUCAACUAGCACCACAAAGUCCACUAGUAGUCCAAGCACUACUCAGUUAACAUCAACUACAGAGAUCACUACCACUAGUCCAUGUUGUCGACCAACAUCAGAAUGUGUUACUUCUACUCCUACAGCAACCACUGAACCACCAACACCCCAAUGUUACCCACUCUGGCUGGUGGUAGUCAUCGCUUCAAUCACUGCUGUAAUUACUACCCUUCUGAUCCUGCUUUGUGUUUUGAUUGGAAAAAUGCUAAAAGAUGCGAGAUCGAACCGUCAUUAUAACGCAAAUGCCUAGAUGCUGUAAGAUUCCGUCAUCCACCGGAUCAGUCGAGGACAG